AUGGGCUGGCCAAAGUGUAAUUCGUCCUUAGAGAAUGAAACCAUUAACGAGGGCGACUUAUGGGAUGGCGGGAUCACAUUCCAUCAACUCUGCCUGAUUGUCGUGGGUGUUUUUGCUCUCAUCGCGGCCGGUAUUUCCUUCGUUUUGAUUAUGUGUCAUGCCACUCAUUACAGCAAACCGAUUGAACAACGCCAUAUUAUUCGCAUUCUUUUGAUGAUUCCUGUCUACUCCCUCGUCGCAUGGCUAGGGACCUACGAUUACAAAAAGAACGUUUAUUAUAGUGUGCUGGGCGACUGCUACGAGGCGUUCACGAUUUCGGCUUUCUUCUCCCUUCUCUGCCAUUACAUUGCACCCGACCUACACAGUCAAAAGGAUUACUUUCGUGGCAUCGAGCCAAAGCCGUGGGUCUGGCCUCUAUCAUGGCUGCAGAAAUGCUGCGGCGGGGAGCACGGAAUGUGGAGGACGCCCCGAAGCGGAUUGACCUGGUUUAAUGUUGUUUGGGUCGGUGUCUUCCAGUACUGCCUUCUACGCGUACUCAUGACCAUCGUCGCAGUCCUGACGCAGAAGGCUGACGUUUACUGCGAGGACACGCUCAACCCAAAAUUCGCGCAUGUCUGGGUGUUGGCUAUUGAAUGUGUUGCCGUUACUAUCGCCAUGUACUGCCUAGUUCAAUUCUACAUCCAGGUCAAAGAGGAUAUCGGCCAGCACCAGCCCUUUUUGAAAAUCUUGUCCAUCAAAUUGGUCAUUUUCCUUUCUUUCUGGCAGUCGAGUUUGAUAUCUUUCCUAUAUUCCUCUGGCGCUAUCAAAGCUACCAAAAAGACCCAGGCUAGUGAUCUCAAAGUGGGACUGCCGAACCUCCUGAUCUCCAUUGAAAUGGCGAUGUUCGCUGUCCUGCAUCUGUGGGCAUUCGCCUGGCAGCCAUAUUCGCUCAAAAAUUUCCAGGCAACUGAAGUCACCGACUUUUAUGGCAACGGUAAAGCGACGUAUCAAGGAGGCCGGUUUGGAGUGCGCGCUCUCUUGGAUGCUCUGAACCCAAUAGACCUCAUCAAAGCCAUUGGCCGGAGCAUACGCUGGCUGUUCGUUGGCCGUAAGAAGCGUCUACUGGAUCCCAGCUACCAGGCAACGAAUGAAGGAAUCGGGCUCAGCUCUGCACAUGCUACAGGCACAGGUGCAGGUACCACAAUGACCGGCAGCCGCACAGGCCGCUAUGGAUCAGCCCCCGACGAAGAAGGCGAUGUGCUCCUGUCUCAUGCACAGCCCAAUCCCGCCUCCCACUCCGGUGAUCUGGGCACGGCACCCCCGCCGUACGAGUAUAGCGAUCAUACCCGCUUCAAUUCGCAUGACCAACUAAGCGGUGUAUCUCUUCUUGAUCCGGCGACGCAUUCCCCUCGGCCCUACUCCCCAUACGAGCAGAGUUUCCACAAUCCUUACACGAUGUCGCCAGAUUCAGCAACCGAACAUUAUCAGCACACCCAGGGCCUAACAACCCCUCACAAUCCUACCGCCACCAAUAUCCCUCCCUACCCUUCCGACCAUCUACAAGAACAGGCCCCAAUCCCUCUCCCGGACGCAUAUCGCCCGCCUCCAUCGCAUUACGACGCUGACCUCAACCCACAGAGAUAUCCCCACUAA